AUAUGUAUGUAAAGAAAUGCCGUCGCUGCACGCGUUUGCCAUCAGAAAAAAGAUAAUCAAAAAAGUAAAGAGUUACGGCAAAAACCUGUUGGCAUUUUUCAUUACAUUUGUUGUUUUUGUGCAUUUAACUUGUGCAAUUGGGCUUAGCCUCCAGCGCUUGCGAAACGGAUUUUCAGUAGGUACACGAAUGAAGUGGAAUUGAAGUGUUUUUCUAUUUGCUUAUUUUGUUGCAGCAAUAAAAAAGGACGGUAAACAACAAAAACGAAAAUAUAUGUACAUACAUAUGUACAUACAUACAUACAAAGAUAUUAACAAAUAAAAGGAAAACAAAUAGAUUUUAAGAAAAUUACUAAAUAUCACAAAAGCUGUGCAACCGUCAAAACAAAACACAAUGACGCGUCUCACCGAGGAAAUGGUCAUUGCCCGCUCAAAGCAAUCCGAUUUGGGGUCCAUCAAAAAACUCAACUGCUGGGGAAGUGAUCUCAGCGAUGUCUCCAUAAUUAAAAGAAUGCGUGGUGUUGAGGUUUUGGCGCUGAGCGUCAACAAAAUUACCACAUUGCAACCAUUUGAAGACUGCCACAAACUUCAGGAAUUAUAUUUGCGUAAAAACAACAUACAGGAUAUUAAUGAAAUCGCCUAUCUGCAAAGCUUGCCUGCUCUCAAGUAUUUAUGGUUGGAGGAGAAUCCGUGCUGUGAUCGGGUUGGGCCCAAUUACCGCCAAACAGUGCUUCGCGCCCUGCCAAAUCUGAAGAAGCUGGAUAAUGUUGAGGUGACACAGGAGGAGCUCGAUGAGGCUUUGCGUGGUGGCGGCGGCGGCAGCGGUAGUGGUUCCGGCGGGACGCGAGAAGAGGAGGACGUGUACGAGGAUAGCUAUGCGCAACAACAGCCAACACAGCGUUAUGAACAGCCUUCACCUCCUCAGCAACAACAACAACAACAACAACAGCUGCAGCAAUCACAACAAAAUCAGUACCCGCCACAACACAGACAACAACAACAACAAGCGGCGUCACAGUACCAACAUAAUUCGUCACCGCAACAAUAUCAGCAGCGCCGCAGUUCGAGUCCAAUGAAAGAGCCCUCGCAACAAAACAGUCCGGCAAAUACAGAGGAAAGCGCCAGCGAGCCGAGCAAAAGCAAUGAGGUAUCGAAACCAGCCUCACCCGCACAGGUAUUUCGUGCUCUCAACUGCAUUCAUGAGCCAGUUGCUGCGCAUACACCUUCACCGAAAUAUAAUUCAUACACGAACGUGAAUCGGUUGUCCUAUCAUCAAAAUGAUCGCUCACCGGGCUCGGAUCAGGAUAGUAGUCCGCAUGUUGGGUACCGGGAGCGUGCGCCUAUCCCACCUAGCAUAUCUACACAAUCGAUGAAGGAAUACUACCAGUCUGAUCGUCCGUCAUAUCCUGCCCAUUACCGUCAUAGCCAAACCGAUUUGACUGAGUGGGAGGAACAGCAGCAGCACAAUCAAUUUGGCAGCACUGCUGCAUUGCAUCAUGCCGGCAGUGGUGGUCCGCGUCGAAGUGAGGUCAGUGACCGUUAUGCUUAUCGGAAUGGCAGCGCGCGUGAAAAUGGCGGCGAUUGGGACGACGCGGAGCGACCGCGAGCCAGGCGGCCCGAUGGACGUUACAGUGACUCAGCUAGCACCGUUUCAACAGCUGUACUUAAUCAUUAUUCGGGCUAUCAUAGGCGCCCCAUAAAUCGGAGUUCGAAUUUGCUAUCGGCAACUUUGUGUCUCGUCAAAGAGCUGGACUACCCGAGCUUAGAGGUGGUGGAGCACGCCGUGCGUUGUCGCAUCGAUGAACUGUCGGCAGACUGAUGAUGAAUGCGCCGCAUGCCGUCCUGUUGAGGAAUGCGGCGGCAACCGUGAGACGGACACGCUGUACAGUUGCCAGUGUCACUUCGAACACACAAAAAAAAAAAACAAAUCUAAAAGAACUGAAGUACGGUCUAACAGUUUGGGUGGUGCGAAUGAAAUUGACAAUGAACGCUCUGGAUACUCACUUACGAAUUGGUGGAAGCAUAUCACCACAAAUUGGCUACGAAUAUUAAUUUUACGCAACAAAUUUCUUGCAAUUAAAUAACUAAGUUUAGUAACAUAAAUACAUACACUUCGGUUGAAUGUUUUUUUUUUUUUUAACUUAUAGAUAAAUGAAGCUAUUAAUGAAAUUAAUUAUUUUUUAACGAACUAGCAUCGAUCGGUUAAUACUCGUUGUAAUUGAAAAAUGUUUAAUUUUUAACCGAGGUGCAAUGAAACGCAAUAAAUAGAAAAUUACAGAAUUGAAUAAGAAAGGCGCUGCCGAAAGAAUAUGUACAUACAUACACUAAUGGAUGAAAACAGAAUAGGAUCUUAGAAUUCAAAUUAAGAAGAAAAAAAACAAAGAAAAUGAAAAAAACAAGGAACAAUGCAUGAAACAGACUUGCCAAUCACACACACAGAUAUAUAAAUAAAUUUAAAUAGCAAUAACUUUUAUAUA